AUGGCCUCAGGCUUCAACUCCACGGGGCUCAACUACCCCCUCCUCGCCAUCCCCGCCUACUACGUCUUCUCCGUCACGCCCCACAUCUACGCGAUGAACCUCCUCAAGUCCGCCGGCUACAAAGUCAACAACACGAACCCCAAAGCCUCGCUAUCGCCCGCCAACGUGCAGGGCAAGGUUCCCGACGCCGUGUUCGGCAAGUACCAGCGCGCCGAGAACGCGCAAAACAACAACCUUGAGCAGCUGCCCCUCUUCGCUGCUGCUGUCCUUGCGUCGAUCCUGGCGGAGCGCGUCGCUGGCCCGAGCGUGAAGAUUGGUGGAACGAGCGAGCUGGAUCCGACGGGUUUGACCAUGUUCGUGGGCGCGUGGUUCGCGAUCAGGGCUGCCUACAACGUCGCGUACAUCUCCAUUGACGAACACUCGAAGAGUUUCGCCAGGAGCGGGCUGUGGGCAACGGGCAGCGGGCUGGCGAUAUACCAGAUCUUCAAGGCGGCGCAGAUCUUGGGUUAA